ACAUUUCAUCACAACUGCAACAAGAACUUGUUUUAGUAUACUUUCUUUCACAAUAAAUUAAAGGUCUCUUCCAAACAACAAAUUAAGAAAACAUGUCUUGCUGCGGAGGAAGCUGUGGCUGUGGAUCUGGCUGCAAGUGCGGUAGUGGCUGCGGAGGAUGUGGGAUGUACCCUGACUUAGAGAAGUCCACUACCUUUACCAUCAUUCAGGGUGUUGCUCCCAUGAACAACUUUGAGGAAUUCGGAGAGAAAGCAGCAGAAGGAGGAAAUGGAUGCAAGUGUGGAUCAAACUGUACCUGUGACCCUUGCAAUUGUUAAGAUAAUUCCACAAUAAUUUAAGCGUGUGCUAUAAAAGCUUUUGUAAUAAUAACGAUAAGACUGCAGCCAUGGAACUGUGAUCUGAUAUUAGCUCUUAGCUUUGUGUGUCGUGGCUUUUCUUUUUAAUUUUGUUUCUCUAUGUGAUGUUUUUCUACUGUGUGAUUUGGGCUGUAACACAAACGUAUCAAUAUACAGUACUAAUAUAUAUAUGUUUGUUCCUUAAA